GCAUUACCUAGCACAUUUUUUUAGCUUGUUCCUUUAAUUUUGAUUUAUUCAUUUCUUCGAAGUAGAGAGAAACUGUGGGAGUGAUAGGUUUUAGGUACAAUGUGGUUAACUUUCUCCUAUCCAACUGAAGCCGAUAUAACUAACGUCACUAGCCACGCUACAGCUACUCGACUCCGGGCCCAUCAGUUCCCUGCACCUCCCUUGGGUAAACUGAUCAACGUUUCAGCAAAAGAAAAACACGUACAACGAAACAAAAUAAAACACUCUAAUACUAUGUUUCACCAAUUGAAAGAGCUUGAAAGUAAUGUUGCUUCCUUAAUGCAACCCACAUGUGGCCAUGAAUGCUGCAAGCAAGGCGUGGUCUCCAAAGCCAAGAAAAAGAGGCCAGAAAUAGACCAGAAUGAGGAACCAAACCGUUUACCAUCCAAGAGUACACCAACCAAAGAUGUAGUCAGAAAGAAUGCAGAAGAGAGAAGUAACAUAGACAUGUUCUUGAAAAAUCUUCACCAAAGAACUCAAGCGAUCCCUGGAACACCAGCUAAACGUCUGAAGAUGUCAGGGCAAGAGACUGGAGAAACCAGUUUCGUGGAUUUAACUCUUGAUGAAAGAUUUGGGUACUCUCGCAAGACGCCAUUUCACCAUCAGGUGGAUACCGCUGUAGUGAAGGUCGAGGACGUUGACUCUGUUACGAAAAUAGCUCCUGGUGAAAGUUGUUGGGACGAAAUUGACUGGCACCAACAGCAAAUGGAAAAAUACCAAGAUAUGGGGGAAGAUUUUGAAGACGAUGGUAAACCUGUCUGUUAUUGCUCAUUAAAAUAAGUAUUGACGUCUAUGGGACCUUUAUUAGUGUAAAGUACCUGUAUCAGUGUCGUAAAUAGUAUUGUAAGUAGUGUGAAGUACUAGUAUUGUAAACAAUGUAAAAUAGCUUCUAGUAGCUUUACAAGUAUUGCAUGUGGUGUAAAGU